AUGAGUCGCCUCUCGCGCAUCUGCGCGGUUAGAGCGGUUAGAGCAGUUAGCAGGGUUAGCGGGGUUAGCACGGUUAGAGCGGAUAGCACGGUUAGUGCGGCUAGUGAGUUGUUCCGUCCGCUGGAUCCUCACGGUGAAAGGAAAAAGGUGCUAUACCUUUUAAACCUGACCAAGUUUCAUGUGUACGAGCAGCUGCUCCUAGAGGAGUGCCUAUAUCGAAUGAGUAGCCCCCUCAGCCAGGGGAAAAACAACGUCGGGUUUGUUCUCAUCAACGAUACAUAUUCCAAUGCGAAGGAGGAAGAAAGAGGAGAUGGAUUCACCUCAACAGAAAACAAGUGUGUCGUUUUUGGCAUUAGUGGGAAAGUACCUAAUUUUAUAAAGGAUGUGAACUACGUUAAGAAAAAUAAAAUUGCACUAAUUAGAAGAUACACAGGAGGGGGUACAGUGUACGUUAGGAACAACUGCCUUAUGUUAAGCUUAAUCCUCCCAUUAAAUUUUGAAAAGGAAAGACAGCUGUAUCCUUCCAACGUGACGGAAUGGGUCUUCAACUCGAAGAAGAAGAAGAAGAGGAAAAAAAAAAAAAAAACAAACAGCUUUUUCCAUCACCAAAAUGAUUACGUAUAUCACCGUUACGACCCUGUGCAUGAUGAGAUCACGAUAAAAAAAGUUGGGGGGAAUGCGCAAGCCUUUUCUAAAAAUUAUUUUGUCCACCAUACGUCCUUCCUGUGGUCAUGCGAUUACGAUGAAAUGGAGAGAGUACUUGUUAACCCCUCCAAGCAACCCCAAUACAGAAAUAAAAGAAACCACAAAGAUUUUUUAACCUCCCUGGAGGAAUGCCUACCUAGUGGUGGACACACCCCAAUGGGAUUCAUCAGCAAAUUCGUUUCCAACAUACGACGGUUAAUUAAUCAACAGAAUGAUAAAAAUAAUAAUGGCCCCUUUUGGCAGUUUAAUCAGAUUGACUUGGGUAUCCAUCGAGACUCUUCAAUCAUGCAAGGCGGUCAGAUCUUUGACCAGGUACACUCGGUGGAUGUAGACAUUUUGAAGAACCUUUUCCGUUCCUUUUGCAGCAGCGAGGAGACGAGGAAUCUUCGGUCGGCGCGUUUGUUGGACCCCCUCGGGGGGGUGAUAUCCGAUGAUGCCUUUUCCGGGCCCUCCUUCAUUUUGCGGUGA